AUGAUUAAAACAAGGAAAAGACAACGCGUGAAAGAUGAAUUAAAUGGUGAAUUAAAUAGUGAUAUUGAAAAUGAAAAAAUUGACAACAAAAAAUUAAAAAUAGAGAAUGAAGAAACAAAACAAAAAGUCAAAAAACAAUUAAAAAAUAAAGAAGAGAAGCAACAUCAAUUUAAUGAAGAAUCUAAAAUUCAACACGUUAUUCGUUUGUCUAAUGUUCCUUAUGGAUUUUUUGAGAAGGAAAUGAAUGGAUAUUUUAGUCAAUUUGGUGAUGUCAAACGUGUUCGUGUUAUUCGGAGCAAAAAAGGUCAUCAUACAGGCUUUGCCUAUGUUGAAUUCAAAAAUGAAAAAGUAGCAGAAAUAGCUGCAAAAUCAAUGAAUAAUUAUUUGUUGGCAGAAAAGAAGUUGAGAUGUUCUGUUGUUGAUCAAGAUAAAAUACCUAAAUGUAUAAGGGGAGGAAAGAGAUUUGGAAACAUUAUUGAACCUGGAGAGAAUCGUAAGGAAAAAAUUAAAGAAUUUUUUUGUUUACAAAAUAUUCCAUUUUUGAUAUAAAUUAUUAGUUAGGGUAGGGAUUGAAGGGGGGAAAGGAUUGAGUAAAGGGAGAAAAAGAGGAGAGUAGUUAUCCUCCACCCCAAAAAGGUCCCAUUUGUUAGUAGGACUUUUUAGAGGUGGAGGGGUCUGUCGGCAAAAACCAAAGGGGGACAAGUGGACCCUUUGGGUGG